AUGGCUACUCAAGAUGGGCCCAGCGUUCCUCGGAAGAAGACCACGACUUACGGCAAGACCUCGCGCAAACGACCUAUACACGCGUUUCUUGAACUGUCGAAUAGCUCGCAACGUGCCAGCAGUGAUGGAAAAGACACCCCCACGCAGCGUAUUCCCACAGACCCGAACCGAGACCCCUAUGAUAUGUCCGAUGACGAGCCUACGCACCUGCCACCAUCCCUCUCUCGACGCGCCGCAGCGCAGCUGGACCAGUUAACCAACAUAACUCCGGAUGCUCCCGCAAGCUUCAAGAAGAGGAAAGUACCAACAGCCGUUACUACCAAGGCCGACCGCAGGCCCGGUAGUCACCCCGUUCCGCAUGCUGCGCAAUCAACACUGCCCUCUCAUCCACGCCGUAUCAAGUCGUCUUUCGACUCGAGCAGCGCAACAUCCCCCCGCCUCGCGAAGCAUGAAUCAAAGCCGUCAUCGUCCAAGCCUGAGCCUAAGGUGAGAUCCAUACCGAUACCGGGACCUACGCCGAACCUUGAGCCAGAAAAGUCUGUACGUCACCAGCAGGGUGAGGCGUCUCUUCUCGAUGCUCAGGCCGCAGUCGAAAGCAACAUCCGGCAGAAGAGCGAAAUGAUUUCGCAGAUACGGCAUAAAAUACCAGCGCGCUCCCCUCUGACAGAACCCAGAUUCAUACGGGCGGCUUCGAUGGCAGUCGAGUCUUCUAUCCCAAAGCAGAAACGCCUAAACGUGGCAAGGCGCGUACGCUUGAUCGACCAACUGGCAGCACAGAAUGAUGAAGAUAGUUCUGACUACGAGUCUGACGCGUCUGAUGUGACGGAGGGGGGCAUUGCAGAGAUGGCCAAGAGCCAAAGUUCGCUUUCUACGCCGAUGAGGCCCACAGACGCAGCGAUGACCCCAAGGCCGUCGACGCGACCAAAACCGCUUUUGAGUCAAAGAAAAUUCCGGUCGACGUACGGAGAGCAGAGGACACUCAAGGCAGACGAGUCAGGCGGAGACGGUCUUGGAAGCCAAAUGAGUCUGGGUAUUGAUAGUCAGCUUGACGUGUCACCUCCUCCAAUGUCUAAGCUGGCGUCAUUCUCCUUUGAGGAAGAGGAAAUGGAGGAGGUUCCGUCAUCCAAAGGCGGCGGCAUUAUUGACAUCCAUGCUCUCAGGCAGGCCGGUGCCAAUCAUCGGUUCGCAGACAGUAUGGCUGAUCUCCUGGAUAGAGUAGGAACUCCUCAGCCGCCAAAGUCGCAGUCUUCUCGCUCAAGACGUACGGCACUACUAGAGCUGGCCACCAAACUCCGGGACAAGACGUUCGUACGCCAAUUCCGAGACCAAGGUGCCAAGGAUGCCUUAUUCCGGGCAAUUGGUACUGAGGAGGAUGUUAUCAGUGGAUUUAUCCUCUUGUCCGUCCUUCUGGUGCUCUUCACGUCAUAUUCGGUUCCUCAUCUAGUUCCACAGCUCCAGUCUGAAGGCAUCGCGCAACUGGCGUCUACGAUGUUUGACGAGGACGAGGACAUCAUUAGCCUUGCUAGUCAGCGGAAGUCAAAUCUCUCCAAGAAUGGGCAAGGUUCUUUGGCCAUGCUGCGAUUGACUCUGGAAAGGUUGGAGGUUUGGAAAGGCUCGCCCCCGAGAAACUUGUCGCCAAGAAUAUUGGCUCUCAAAGUCCUGUCCUUGUUAUGCAAAGACAAUGAUGGUCUGGCUACGAGGGCCAUUCUCGCAAGCUUGACGGAUCGUUUGUUUGGGUUUGUCAAGAAAGGCUGGGAACACAGUCGUGCUCAGGGAAUGGGAACUACCGAAGGUGGGAUCGCGCUGUCCCUUUUGGAGGGGUGCUCGAUUAUGGCCAUGCAGUCCGAGGCUGGCCCCCAAUGGACCAAACGCUACUUGCCCAUCCUCGCAGACAUCCUCACGGCAGCCAUGUCUCGGCCAAUGGCAGAGUUCGGUGAAUUCGAGUCCACAACGCUGAAACUAGCUCUGAACACAACGAACAACAACCCGACCGCAGCUGGCGCAUUUAGCAGGGGUGAACUCUUUCGAGAGCUGGCUGCCACCAGUCUCGCAGCGUUUGAGUUGCUAGAGCAGUCCAUCCGCAACGGGGCCUUUUCUAAAGAUAUUUACGAGAUGCUCAUGCUAAUGCUUGGGGUCAUGAUUAAUACCUCUGAGCAUUGCCCCUCGACCCGCCAGUCCGUUGACGCUUGGCAAGGUGAUGAUGGAUCACCCCUGGAAAAGCUAAUGGAGGUUUAUCUAGAUAACCGAGAAUCAGCUGUCAUGGCCGACUCUGUAGAAAAGACAUCAGUGGCCGUAGCCCAUGGCUAUUUGGCCAUUCUUCUGGGCUACCUUUGUCUGGGAUCUCAGGUUCGGCGACGGUUGGAAGAGAAAAGCCAAGGGAGGGGCAUCAAGUAUCUACUUGAUUCGAUCCAAGAGUUUAUGGCCUUGCACGCAAAGGUUGACACAGACGAGCUGACGACGAGCCUACAAAACCUAGUCAACGAGCUGAGGCAGAAGGGCAGGGUACCCGCAUGA